AUGGCGACCUUGAGUCUUCCCGAAAAAACUUCAAAGGACCUCUUGUUGGUCUACAAGUACACCAAGGCCGAAGGCAUUGCUAAGCUUCAAACAGCUGACAACUUGGCAUUGGAGGUGUCUGGUGAAAAGUAUGAAGGUCCCGUGACUAUUGCCAAAUACCUUGCAUCCAAGACUCAACCCGAGCUUCUUGGUGAUGGUAAAGACAACCAAGCUGAGGUUGAAGAAUGGGCUACUUGGGGUGUUUCAGCUUUCAAGAGUGGUUCGAGCAAGGAUAUCACUGCUGCUCUUCAGAAACUCAAUGGUCACCUGAGCUAUCGCACAUUUGUUGUCAGCAAUCAAUUGACUAUUGCCGAUUUGAUCAUCUUUGGCCAUGUCCACGGUGUCUCUAAAAACGUCAAGGUGACCAACGCUCCCAAUGUCCUCCGAUGGUUUGAUCUUAUUCAAAACAUUGUUGUUGCCAAGAACAACCUUGUUGCCGAGUUUCCUCUUGUUGCUAUCAACUUGGAUGAUGUUCCCGAACCCGUGAUCGCUGCUGCUAAGGACAAGAAGAAGGGUGAUAAGGAAGCCAAGAAAGGAGGAGACAAGAAGGAAGGUGGUGAUAAGAAGGAGGAAGGCAAAAAGGACAAGAAAGACAAGAAGGCUAAAAAGGAGAAGAAGGAGAAGAAAGAACCUGCUCCCGCUGCUCCUGAGCAACCCACCAUUUCUCGUUUGGAUAUCCGUGUCGGUUACAUCCGUUCCUGCAAGAAGCAUGAAGGUGCUGAUUCCUUGUAUGUUGAGGAAAUUGAUCUUGGUGAUGGUGAAGGUGUUUACCGCACUGUUGUCUCUGGUUUGGUCAAGUGGUAUCCUCUUGAGGAAAUGCAGAAUCGAUGGGUUAUUUGCAUUGCCAAUCUCAAGCCUGCUAGCAUGCGUGGUGUCAAGUCUGAAGCCAUGGUCUUUUGUGCUACUGCUCCCGAUGGCAGCAAGGUCGAAUUGUUGAGUCCUGUUGAUACCAGCAAGGUCAAGCCUGGUGAUAGAAUCUACUUUGAAGGAUUGGAAGGCGAGCCUGAAAAGCAAUUGCCACCCAAGAAGAAAUACUUUGAAGCCGUUCAACCCGAUUUCAAGACCGAUGAGAAUAGAAUCGCACACUAUCAGGAUAAGCCUUUCCUUAUCCGAACAGCUUCUGGUGAACCUGUCAAAUGCCAAGUGGCUACCGUUGUUGGUGGUGGUAUCAAAUAA